AUGGGGGAGCAAGCACCUUCUGAUCACACAAUCUUCAAUUGGUUUCGUGAAUUUCAACGCGAUAAUUUUAGUGUUCAAGAUGGUCCACGUUCAGGUCGUCCUUCAACAUCUGUUAAUGAACAAACAAUUGAUGCUGUACGAAAAAUAAUUGAAGAUGAUCCUCAUUCGACAAUUUCAUUUUUCAUAAUCCCAUCAAGAUUUAUAACGGAUUCUAUUCUGGAUCCUGGUCAAGAUGAAUAUAAAGACUUCAUCAACGUGUUAGCUGGUUUUUGUUCAGGACUUGUUCAAGAUUAG